AUGGGCAUGGGAGCAUGGAUGGAUCAGAUAGAGAAAGACAAGACCGAUAGAGAGCCCCGCUUCGACCCAACAUUUCUUCCCUCCCCGUGGGGCCCGCCUUCACCGCAGGACAUAUCCACUGCCACAGACGAGGAAACGAAGAAGAAAAACAAGGCGAACGAAUCUGCGAUAAUUAGCAUGGGGCAAAGAAGGAAGAAAAAUACUGCAAAAGGCUGUUUGGGCAUGCAUGUUGCGCAGUUCUGCUACGCAAUACGGUGCGACGCGCAUACCAAGGUUCCGUGCUUGCAGAGACUCGAGAAACUAUCUGCGAGCCGGCCACCGCCGGUUCGAUCCAUCCGCCCAUCAGAUUUCCCGCCCCCUACCCGCCUCAGCGGGAACGACUACCAAAGAAAGAAGAUGCAAACCGGGGGCAGAAACAGGUCAUUCACCACUCCCAACCGAUACACUCCAUCUGCCCCUCCACUUGCAGGUACUGCACUCCGUGACUGGCCUUACUUGACCUUGCCUCUUCUCUUAAACCUUGCCCCCCCUCCCCCUUCGCUUUCUUUGUCUCACCUUGGAUUUUGCAACUCGCUCAAAGAAGCUUCAAACCCACUGAUUAUCCUAGGACUCGACCUGGAUCAGCCAAACAAUUUUUGUUUUUUUUUGCCAAUUCAUCUUCGUCGUCUUCCUCUGCGUAGCAUCCUACCUAUCUUAGACUCAGAAAUUCCAACCACUCUCACUUGCGUACAACCGUUGCCGCAAGCACAUCUGAACAUCUCGACGUUCUUGGUCCGUAACAUUCCUUCACUGGCGACAACGCCCUACGCCCUCGCCAUCACAAGCUUGGGACUUACCAGAAUAGCAGACCGAGAACAGACCGCCACGCCAUCUCACCGAAUUCCCCGACAACCAUAG